AUGUCUUCCAAACCUGCGACCGUACAGCUUCGAGUUCAGACCAUUCUCACUACAUCAGACCAAUGGAUCACGUGGUUAUCAAACAUUCAGGCAAUUGCCAAUUUGUCUGAUGUCUGGAAAUAUAUUGAUCCGGAAGUUGCUUAUCCCCCUCAAUUGGGACCAAAGCCACAACUUCUUUCCGUACGAGAUGUUUACCCGAACUACGACAAACCUUCAGACCAAAAACUUGGGACGAAAAGCGCCAGUGAUCAGACGAAAUCCUUUCUGUCUGAAGAUGCAUACCUUGCGGCGAAUCCCGAGCAAGCCCGAACCUUCUUUGGCCUGGAAGGUCGAAGCAAACGUACUAUCGAUGAUUGGAAAGAGACCAAACUUGCCCUCGAUAAUAUUUUCAUCACAAUUCUGAACACCGUUUCAUCUGAUAUCCGGAAGCUCUUUGGAUCAGAGUCAAACAGUCAUGUGAUUAUGAGAUCACUAUAUGAGCGUUUUAAUCCCGACUCUAUCCUCCGAAGUCAGCGGAUGGCUGAUAGAUGGAUUGGUCUUCGUACCAUCCCAAGAUCAAACAUCAUGAAAUGGUUGGACCAAUGGGAAUCGACCUAUGUUGAGGCGAAAACCCUACAAAUUGUUGAAAUGGGAACUGAAAAGAAAUUCUUGUCUAAUGCUACAUUCAAGGGCGAAGAUGACUCAUCCCAGACAUCGGACGAAAAGGAGAAGAAAAAAGGGACCAAACAGAGGUUUUCUGGUUCCUGCCCAUGUGGAGAAGGCAAACAUUCAUUUGUUAAUUGUCCUGUCCUAAAUCCUGCCAAGAGACCAGAUGGAUGGAAGCUAUCAGAUGAAACUAAGACUAAGUUUGACACAGCGAUGGAGAAGAGCUCGACCCUGAGAGCUGCGAUGAAAAGAGCCAAAGAACGAAUUUCUUCGGACCAAAAGUCAGCUGACCCUGUUGGAUCAGCUGAAACAUCGGACGAAAAGGGACAUAUGGUUGGGAUGACUCUUUCAUCUAAAAAGUCACCACUUGAUGAGAUGAAAACCCUUGCAGCGAGUCUGCCGAUUUCGAACGCCACGAAUCAUGUGAUUAGACCAAAUGAGGUCUGGGCGUACGAUACUGGAUCAACAUUGCAUAUCUGCAAUAAUAUUGAUCUUUUCUCCGACAUUCAGCCUUAUGCAGCUGAUGUUUGCGUUGGAGAUACGACGACACCGAUAGUUGGGAUCGGAACUGUUUUGGUCCGACCUACUGAAUCUUUGGAUGGAAAGCCACUAACCCUUCUGAAAGUGGGUUAUUCCCCUGGUUUUCAUCUGAACCUGAUAUCUGCAUCGAUUGCAGAACGUUCGAAAUUGUUCCUGAAUGGACGAAAGCGAACCCUUGAGACAUCGGAUGGAACGCCUGUUUGCCGUUUGAACCGAAGAUCCGGUGUCUACCUGAUAAGAUGGGAUGGAACAGCUGAUGGUCUACCGUCUGACCUUUCUGCCAGCACACGAGUUGCUGUCAAACAGCUGACAUGCCCUAUAUCCUCUGAAAAGCCCUUUCAUCCGAUGGAAGGCAAGAAAGACCCCAUUGGUCUUAAAAUUUCACAUCAAAAAUCGGAGGGUGCAACGAUCCAUGCACUUUCAUCCUAUUCUCGACCUGAAAAACCUACGUCACGUGAUGUUUGGCACCAAAGACUUGGCCACAUCGGACAAGAGACCCUUGACAAGCUUAUCGGAUCAACCACUGGAGUCCGGAUCGAUCAGAACUUGACAUCAGAUGAAACAUGUGAAACAUGUAAGUUAUCUGAUUCUUACCGACAGUUGUCACGUGUUCCGAUCGAACGCCAUGGCUAUCCAUUCGAAGCUAUACACUGGGACUUAGUGUUUGUCAAACAAGGAAUUGAUGGGAUGAAAUAUUUGUCACACUGUGUUUGCCCUGUGACGAAAUACCAAUUUGCGAAGGCAAUCAGACGAAAGGUUGCAUCACCUGACACUUUACAUGAGAUGAUUGCACACAUUGAGUUGCAAUAUGGGACGAAAAUCAGACGAAUCCACAUCGACAAUGAUACGACGUUACCUAAUUUCAUCAAACACAUGUCACGUGAUGGGAGGGUGGUUGAAUCUACCCCAAUAGAUCAGCCCGAACAGAACCCAUAUGCAGAACGCUAUGGAGGCCUUAUCGUCCAAUUAUCACGCCGUUUCAUCCAAUGUUCUGGGUUACCAAUAUCUCUUUGGCCCUAUGCUGCCGCCUGCGCAGUAUAUGUGAUGAACAGAACCCCGCGCCGCACUUUGGGAUGGAAGACCCCUCAUCAAACUUUGUGGGACCGAUUGGACCAAAAGCCUGGUCAUAUGACUGAAUUACCGGAUUUAUCCAAUAUCCGAGUGUUUGGGUGCAAGUGCUAUGUACGGAUCAUCAAUAUUCCGCGCCUGGAUAAGAUGAAAGUACGAGCUCAAAUUGGCUAUUUGGUUGGAUAUGUUUCAUCCAAUAUUUGGUUGAUCUGGUUACCUCGAGGAAAAGUGAUUAAAGCCCGUGAUGUGGAAUUCGACGAAACCUCUUUCUACAAACAUCAUGAAAGAUGGGAUGAAAAGGGUGCGCCCUUGUAUGAUGAUUCGAUGAAAGUGGUCGAUUACCUGGAUAUCUCCGAAUACACAACAUUCCGGGAUCAAUUGGACCAAAGCGAAACAUCAGAUGAAAAUGUGUUUGACACAUUUCCAGAGAACCAUGACGUUAUGGGAGAUCUGGACGAAAAUGAGCAAGUAUUGGAUGAAAACAGUUCAUCCGAAGAAGAGACUUGCGACGAAAAAGAAGAAGAUCAGAUUAUUGGAGAUCAACCGGAUACUCCCCCGCAAUCUGAUAAAGAAGGAUCACCUGACCCUGAGGAUCCUUCUUACCCGAACUUACAUCAGGCAGAUAACAAUUCAUCUGAUCUUAGACCUAUGGGACGAAUCGAGGUUCAGAUCAAUAACAAUGGGAUAAAUCAAGAUGAAUAUCCAUUGUACGAACCACCUUAUCAUGACCGAGACUAUGAUAUUGAGAUGAUUGACCCUGGUGCCCUGAAGAGAUCUUUGGAUGAAAGCCCUGAUGAUACACCGGAUGAAAAGCGUGCUCGAAUAGCAAACUUUUUACAUGCCUACAAUGUUGCGAUGAAAAGCCAGCCAAAGAAAGUCCACGUGACAAGUGUCCCCCCCGCCGCCUGA